AUGAAGAAUGAAUCUGAAGGAUUGCUUUGGAUUGAAACAAAAGGCAUAGAUCAUGGCAAGUUACAAUACGCCGGUUUGGUCAUGAAGAAGCGCCACGACUUCCAAGGUGUUUUCCACCUCCGUCUUCCUUCAAGCUCUGUCUCUCUUCCGUCGCGGUUCUGUUCAUCUCAAUCCCUCUCCAUCGUGAUUCUUCUCACCUCCGCUCAAACUCCUUUGCGGUUGGAAACACUCUGGCGGCUUUACAACAGUGAAAAUGACGAAAAGUCAAGGAACUCAGCAUAUUGGAGCAGAUGCGAAAAUCUUGAUGUGAUGUCGUUGCAAUAUGAAGAAGACGUCACAAAUUUGUUGUAG